UAUAAAUACCGCUGCUACUCCUAGUAUUCAGUGGUGCUGCCGAGUGGUAGAACAGUAUUUUAGCUCCGCUAUAAUAGCAAUGAAGAUCACACAAUUAAACUAAAAAUAACAGACAUUCUCGACACAGACUGACUAUACAACAUUGGAUUUUUGUUACAUUAUAUUGAUGAAAAAAUAUUUUAGUGAAGAGGUCGCCAAGACUAAAAAUAGCAGUGACUAAAGAUUUUCUACCGACUACAGACACUAUCAAUUGACGAGUCCAGCUGCGUAUGGGCUUGGUCCGGAAUUUCGGUUGAAAGCUUGUCUUUGUUUUAAUAGCUUUUUGAGUGCAAUUUACGUUGCAGAAGAUGUGUUCAAAACGGUGUUUCGUUUUACUAGUUCUGUGCGUAAUAGACAAAUCACUUUCGAAAUUGUUUGAAUCCGAGGAAAUUGUACCUGUCCGGAUAAAUGGAAGAAGCAGCGGUCGUUUUUGGAAACGAAGUGAAGAACAGCCGAGGUUCAGACUCAGUGCCUUUGGCCGCGAUUUCACUUUGAAUUUAAGCCCGGAUAACAGUUUCUUAUCUCCUACACUGACAAUUCAACGCAUCAAAGCUAAAGAUAUCCACGCUUUACGCAGCGCCUCAGGUGCCCAGGGGAGACACUCUGAAACGGAAACUGACUUUCACAACUUGAUAAACAAGACUGAGCAGAUAGAAAGAGAUUUGAGAAGCUGUUUUUACUCGGGGACUGUGGACUCCAACCAAGAUUCUGUUGUUGCGGUCAGUAUCUGUUAUGGCAUCCUUGGAUCGUUUGUUACAGACGGGGAUGAGUAUUUAAUUGAGCCCAAAGUGCGGCUCAGGGAAAAGGAGAGGUCCACUGAACAGUUACAUUUUAUCAAAAGAAGGACGCCCACAGAAGCACCAAAUCACACUAAAACUGUCUUUGAUCAACUGAGGGAGGGGAGUAAUGUGAAAGCAGACAACGAACGUUUUCUGCAUGAGAAAAAAGAUCCUGAGAGACAAUUACGAGGGAAACGCUUUGUAUCAACACCACGAUUUAUUGAGACGCUGGUGGUUGCAGACACGUCGAUGACACAUUUCUAUGGAGAUGAGAUAAAGCACUAUAUCCUGACCUUGGUCUCUGUGGCAGCCCAGCUUUACAAACAUCCCAGUAUCAAGAACCCUGUCCACAUGGUGGUGGUGAAAAUGGUGGUGGUGGAAGACGAGGAGGUUGGACCGUCACUUUCCAAUAACGGGGGAGUCGCUCUGCGUAAUUUCUGUGCCUGGCAACAACAGUUCAACCCGGCCAGCCAGAGGCAUCCUGAGCACUACGACACUGCUCUGCUUUUUACCCGAGAGGAUAUUUGUGGACAUCAGAGUUGUGACACCCUAGGAGUUGCUGAUGUGGGAACCAUGUGCGAUCCAAAAAGGAGUUGCUCUGUCAUUGAGGACAAUGGACUUCAAGCAGCCUUCACUGCUGCCCAUGAACUUGGCCAUGUGCUGAGUAUGCCUCACGACGACUCCAAAAAUUGCGAGAGGAUGUUUGGGAAUCUAGGCGGCCAUCACAUGAUGGCCCCUCUGUUCGUUCACCUCAACAAGACUUUCCCCUGGUCCCCUUGCAGCGCUCUCUACGUCACGGAGUUCUUUGACAACGGACACGGCGACUGCCUCUUGGAUCCACCGGAGAGCAUCUUACCGUUACCCAGUGUACUUCCAGGCACCACAUACGGCCUCGACCGCCAGUGCCAGCAGAUGUUUGGGGAGGAGUUUGUGCACUGCCCCAACACCUCUGACAGUGACGUCUGCAGCCAGCUGUGGUGCCGGGAGGAGGGCAAGCCCCACUGCACCACCAGAAACGGCAGCCUCCACUGGGCGGAUGGCACCACGUGCGCCACCAACAAGAGCUGUCUGCACGGUGCAUGCAUGGCAGCCCACGAGGUCACACAGCCAAAGGUGGCUGUGGAUGGUGGCUGGGGCGCUUGGGGGCCAUGGCAACAUUGCUCCAGGACAUGUGGGGGGGGUGUGGAGUUCUCCUACAGGGAGUGCACAGAUCCCAUGCCCCAGAAUGGCGGAAAAUACUGCGAGGGCCAGAGAGUUCAGUACCAGUCUUGCAACACCCAGGCGUGUGAGGAUAAUGAUGCAAAGAGUUUUAGAGAGGAGCAGUGUGAGAAGUACAACACCUUCAACUAUCUGGACAUUCUGGGGAACAUGAAGCAAUGGAUUCCAAAGUACGCUGGUGUGUCGCCCCGGGACAGGUGUAAACUCUUCUGCCGGGCCAAAGGCAGCAGUGAAUUCAAAGUCUUUGAAGCCAAGGUUGUCGACGGCACCACAUGUGGUCCCGACACUACGUCUGUCUGUGUACAAGGCCAAUGUGUCAAGGCGGGCUGUGACAAAGAGAUCGGCUCCAACAAGAGGCUUGACAAGUGUGGCUUGUGUGGUGGGGAUGGCCUCAGUUGCAGGAAGAUCACUGGCUCAUACAACAAAGCCACUUAUGGAUACAGCGACAUUGUGACCAUUCCUGUCGGGGCUACCAAUAUUGACAUCAAACAGCGUAGCCAUAGAAACAUCAAACACGAUGGAAACUACCUGGCGGUCAAGCGAGAGAGCGGUGGCUACAUACUGAAUGGUAACUUCUCUGUGUCCACGGUGGAGCAGGAUAUCCCUGUUCUCGGGGCUGUGCUGAAGUACAGUGGCUCGUCCACCACCUUAGAGAGAAUCCAGAGCUUCAGACAACUGAGGGAGGCCAUCACCAUCCAGUUGCUGGCCACUGCUGGGGAGGCAUCUCCACCCAAGGUCAAAUACACAUUCUUUAUCCCCAAAGAUGUGUCUUUCACUAAAUCCAAAGAGAGAAAGGCUUCGCUGCAUAUGAUCCAGGCUUUCGGUGUGCCCCAGUGGCGUUUGGGCGAAUGGUCAGAGUGCUCCAAGAGUUGCGGCUCUGGGUGGUCCCGAAGGAACGUUGAAUGCAGAGACAACGCUGGUUUCCAUUCCAACACCUGCGAUAAGGACCUGAAACCCACAGAUAUCAGACCCUGUGCUGAUCUGCCAUGCCCCAUCUGGCAAAUGGGGCCUUGGUCGUCCUGUUCACAAACUUGUGGCCAGGGGGAACGCCGACGCAGUGUUGUCUGUAUAGACUACACCGGCAAGACUGUCGAGUCGGAGAAGUGCGACACCAAUAAGCAACCCGCGCCAGUGUCGGGAGAGUGUGUUUACCAAAUGUGCUAGCGAGGAGCCAUGGAGAUAGAGAACUUUGGUAGGGGUAGUGUAGUGGACCCUUAACCACUCCGACCCGACCGUGCUUUAGAGAAAAGCAGGGAAACCCUAGUUAGGAAAUUAAGAGUGCACUAACUAACCCGGACAGGUUCAGGGCACUGGCCUGUGACUUUGUUUUACAACCACUAGAGAUGUUUCAACCAAUAGAGAUCUACCUCAGGAUGUACAUGUUUUGAUAAAAUAGACUAAGGUACUGUGUGCAACUUAUUAUUCUCUCCGAAAAGCUAUUACUUUGCAGAAAACCUACUGACAAACACCAUUGCGGUUAAAUAUACCUCAAUUUUCCAGCAUAUAACCCAGAACUAUACAGUCAGAGACUCCGAGCCAAUAAAUGACCUGGGCAAAUAAAGUUAGUCUAAAGGCAUACUAUUUGUACCAUAACAUGUGACAUUAUCAUUGCAAGACAACUACUCAGUGCUUAUUAUUUAGAGUAAAAGGGGUUUGUGUACGCAUUUGUUUAGGUACACAAUAUGGAAAACUUUGUAAAAUACCUACUUUAUUUGUGGUUUGCUCUUUUGUUUCAUUUCCUUUGAAAAAAAUAAUAUUUUCUAAAUGUGAGAUUGUGUUAGUGCCUGUAAAAAAAAAAGAAAAAAAGCUCAUCUGCUAUCUUAUUGAUUAAUGAUAUGCGGUACUGAUAUGCUUACAGAUAAAUGAUAAUUCUCCCAUUAUCAUUCAAAUCAUACAGGUGAUUAGGUCUUCUAUUAACUAAUCUCUCAUGGACAGACUACGUAACAUAAUCUGACGCAAUUACGAUUUUAGUUCUGGGCUUCCGAGAUUAGACGUUGACAGACACUAAAUAGAAGAAUGUACUUUGUAACAAAAAAGCAACCAGCAUAGUUAGUAGUAAGAAUGAACCAGACAUUUUAGUGUUCAUUAAAAAAAUACUUUAGUUUGAGUUUACACUUUCUUUGUGUAAAAUGUUGUUUAGCAUAGACAAUGGUCAAGAAUCUGAUCUGAGGCAAAAGUGUAACAGGGGACUUUUCCUCUGUUCUGCACCUUUUUUUAUGUAGUGUUUUAAAGAAAUUCUAUGGCUACAGAGAAUUGGAAGUACACCCAAAUUCAUUAUAAACAUGUGUAAAAUAUGAUCUAUUUGCAUAAAGAACAACUCCUUUGUAAUAAUUUCAUAGUUGUGUUUUAAAAUGUUAUUAUUCAUAAUACGAAGAAUGCUCUAUUGUUUGUCAGAUGUCUAUGUAUAUGUUUGAUUUCUCAUUCCAGUUUUGUAUGUCAUAAAACAAAAAAGGCAAUAUGAUAUACCUUCAGUGAAGGACCAUACUAUAUUAUUAUUAUUAUUAUUUUAGCUAUCUUUUUUAAAGCUAUUUAUUUUUGUAAAGUUUUUACCUUGGACAUGAAAUUAUAACAUUUUCAGAUGCUGCUGUCUUUGAGAUUUAUGUCUACAAUAAAAUGGUAAAAUACAUCACAUUUUACUAUAUGCUGUAAGCAUUGAGUGUCUUGUUUUUACCCGUUUGGAAAGUUAAUGACCGACUUUAGCUAUGUUUGGCCUACAUCAGGCCCGCUUCUCCUUCCACUGCAGUCUGCUGGUUAAACACAGAGAAUAAAAACAUGUGCAAACUACACACAUUGUUCAAUCUUCUCAUUAGAUGGGCAUUGUCACGGAUUACCCCGGUACUGCUGCUCUUUCUGUGCACCAGUUCCGGAGAUCUACGCCACCGGCCUCUAGGCGUCACUGAACUGUCUCAUUACGCACACCUGGUUCCAUUUUCCCCGAUUAGUAAUUCUAUAUAUGUGCCCUCUUUACCGUUGUCUUGUCAGUUAUUGUUCCCAUGUCCGUUGGUCUGUGAGUACCUGUGCUUUAUUUCGUCUUUCGUGCUGCGUGUAUUGUGCACUUGUUAUUACGGGUCUUGUCCUGUGUAGUGUGUUACGGGUCUCGUCCCGUGUAUUUAUUAGAGGUUUUACCUUGCUCUUGUUUGGGUUACAUCCCUGUGUUUUUGUAUACAUGUUUGUUUUGGGCUUCGUCCCUGUGCCUUUCAUGGCAUGUUGUAUUUUUGGGUGGAGUAUUAAAACACCCUAUUACGUA